UAUUUUAGGAAAUUAAAUAUCACGUAUUUCAAACUGUUAUUAUGUGGGUAGUAUUUUAAUCGGCUUGACGCGGCUGCGCCCGCGCCGUCAUGUGGCAGUCCGGAUUAUAGACUAAUCACGUAUACAGUGUUUCAUUUCCAUCCAUAUAAAUAUUAGAGAAAUAACAGUGGCGACGAGUUAUUACGAAUUAUUACGCGUGUAAACAUGGAAAAAGUAUCAGUUGGAUUGAUAACAGUGUUUAACCACGAACAGCAAGACUGGGACUUGUAUAAAGGACGGUUAGAACAAUGGUUCCUAGCGAACGAAAUAAACGAUACCGACGACAAGUCGGGUGUGAAGCGCCGGGCGAUCUUACUAAGCAGCUUAGCGGAAACGACGUUUAAACUCAUAAGGGAUUUAGCACUACCUAAUGAGGUUGGAUCUCUUUCAUACCAGCAAGCGGUAUCGUUACUUGAUGGCCAUUUAAAAUCAAAAAAAUGUGGGUUCUCGGAACGGUUCAAGUUUCAUGGUGCCCGGCAAGAACACAGUGAGUCCAUUAGCGAGUGGGCUGCCCGUGUACGUGGUUUAGCAAUGGAUUGCAAGUUCCCCACAAGUGUUUUAAAUGAAAUGCUGCGCGACCGGUUCGUCCUUGGGAUGGUUCACGGCAAGGUUCGGGAGCGAUUGUUCGAAAAGUCUUUAGAAGGGCUCACAAUGGAAAGGGCGGUACAAGUGGCUGAAAGUGUGCAUUGUGCCGUAGAAGGUGCGCGGCAAGCGGUCCCACAGUCACAGGUGCAGGAUUUUACCUUCUCGCCAGUCGUCGAGGUGCACAAAGUGUCGGCCCAACCGGCCGGCUCUCAAGUGUUCGCAGAUUAGGCACUAUGAUGGGAAAAGAAAAAUAGAUUUUAUAAUUGGUGAAGUUGUGUUAAUAAAAACUUAUAAUAAACCAGUCAGUGUCUGGGCUAAAGGCAUUAUAUUGAGAAAACUAGGCCGGUCCGUGUACGUAGUGAGACUUACAGAUAGUAAUGUGGAAUUUAAAAGACAUAAGAGUCAAAUUUGUAAAUUGAAGGGGGAAAGAGAGGUCACGGUUGAUGAAGAGAUCAUUGCGAGUAACGAGAACGAGUCAGGUCCAAAUGCCAUAUUACCUCCGGUGAUAUUGAAGUCGCAACCAACAGGUUCUCAGACUCGGACGGCAGUAGUAGAACCGGCAACCUGUGGUAGUGAGAUUACUAACCAGAGUCCAGAGAUACCGCAUAUGAGACCAAAUCAAGAAACAAACCCAGACCCAAGCACUUCGACGUCUCCGACUCAUACAGCCGUCCAUUCACCGGAUGCUAGAACCCCCAGAUCCAAGCGGGCUCGCAAGCCUAUACAUUUAGACUACAGAAAAUAUUUCUGAUAAUUGUAAACUAUUGGUGGAGGGAUGUUAUUAUGUGGGUAGUAUUUUAAUCGGCUUGACGCGGCUGCGCCCGCGCCGUCAUGUGGCAGUCCGGAUUAUAGACUAAUCACGUA